UUAAAAAAUUAAAAGUAUGACUUAUAAAGGAAAAAUAAUUUCUUAAAAAAGAGCUGAAUAGGUACCAAUAGUAAAGGCUGUUUUUCCCUUGGAUAUUAUGUUCCUCUUCCAUAAUUAAGUUGAACAUCACCUUUUCUGUUCCUUCCAGGCUGAUGCAACGGCUCCCACCUUUGUGCACAGGUGGCUGCUCUUAUACAGGGCUGUCACAGCACAGAUCCUGCUGCCUUCUGCUUAUUGGAUACAAAUCUAGGUACAUAUCUGGCAUACAUAGAGCCUAGCACAUGGGUAUGCUUGAAACAAAUGAAUUAAUGAAUUAGUAUGGGCUUGAUAGCUUGGAUUUGGCUAUGAGCUCUGCCAUUUAUCAACUCGAUAAGUUCCAGUCUUCUGAUUGGUACAGUGGCAGUAACAAUUGUGGGUCAAAAGACCUUCAAUAGUAUUUGUAAAUGGUAAGGUGCUGGUAAGAAGACAGGUGAGGGUACAGAGAGAGGGUUUAUUAUUAUUGCUGCAUCUAUUAACAGAUCUACAUCUUCCCAUGCCUUAUUUCUCUUUGGUUCCCUAAGGUUUCAUGGUUACCAUAGCAGCCAGAUGCUGAUGAUUCCUCCAGGGGCAGCAGGGUAAAGCUGAGCCAGCCCCCAGGUCCUUGCCUCUGCAUGCCCUUGGCAGGCCAGAGUGAGAUGGUCUGAGGUUCAGCCUCCUUUCAGGUCCCCCACCCUGUCUUGGGUCACACAGAACCACAAACGCUGCCUCUGCAGCCUCAGCUUGGGGCCCUGAAAUACCCCUUCAGAGACUCCCUCUUUCCCAGCCUCUGUCUCUUGGCUCCCUGCCUGGUUGCUGUGGAAACAGGUUCCACUGCGGACAAAGGAGGGAGCUGGGUCCUGCUUUCUCCCAGUCCUGUCAAUGAGGAUUUUUAGACCGUGGAGACUGCGCUGCCCUGCCCUGCACUUGCCCUCACUUCCCGUGUUCUCACUCAAGUGGAGUUUGCCCUCCCUCACCACUGACGAGACCAUGUGUAAAAGUGUGACCACAGAGGAAUGGAAGAAAGUCUUCUAUGAGAAGAUGGAGGAGGCAAAGCCGGCUGACAGCUGGGACCUCAUCAUAGAUCCCAAUCUCAAGCACAAUGUGCUGGCCCCUGGCUGGAAGCAGUACCUAGAAUUGCAUGCCUCUGGCAGGUUCCAUUGCUCUUGGUGCUGGCACACCUGGCAGUCGCCCCACGUGGUCAUCCUCUUCCACAUGCACCUGGACCGCGCCCAGCGUGCAGGCUCGGUGCGCAUGCGCGUCUUCAAGCAGCUGUGCUACGAGUGUGGCACGUCGCGGCUGGACGAGUCGAGCAUGCUGGAGGAGAACAUCGAGAGCCUGGUGGACAAUCUCAUCACCAGCCUGCGCGAGCAGUGCUACGGGGAGCGCGGCGGCCAGUACCGCAUCCACGUGGCCAGCCGCCAAGACAACCGGCGGCACCGCGGCGAGUUCUGUGAGGCCUGCCAGGAGGGUAUCGUGCACUGGAAGCCCAGUGAGAAGCUGCUGGAGGAGGAGGCAACCACCUACACCUUCUCCCGGGCGCCUAGCCCCACCAAGCAGCAGGCUGAGGGGGGUUCUGGCUGCAAUUUCUGCUCCAUCCCCUGGUGCUUGUUUUGGGCCACGGUUCUGCUGCUGAUCAUUUACCUGCAGUUCUCUUUCCGCAGCUCCGUCUAAGAGUCUCUUGAUGGGCACAGGGGAACACUAGAGGUCCAAGGCCUGUGGGGCCUGCCAGCUGGUCGGAGGGGUGAAGAGAGGCCUGGAUUGGGGGUGGAGUUAAGUUCUGGCACUGAUGCCACCACUGACUCAGUGGGGGCCCUGGACAAAUCGCCCAACUUUUCCAUGUAUAAAAGUAAAGGUUUGGCUAGAUCAUUGGCUUUUCAAAGUGAGACUGAGGGCCCCAGUCUUUUGCAUGGGUACCUCAGGGACUUCAGGAUCUGGAAGGUAGACUGAUUGGAUUUCUCAUCCUGGUCAAAGUGCCCAUCCCCAGCUCCCACCUCCUCCUCUUGCUUUAGAACAGUUUCAUGUUAGAUGGAAAUUUAUUAUGAGUUUUGUAUGAAAAAAGAUUCAACUACUUUAAAAAAGUUUGAAAAUUACAGGACCAGAUGAUCUCAAAAGUCCUUCCCACCAUUAUGAACUCAUCCUUGCUUUCUUGUUAACCUCAGUCCCUAUGCUUCAUCAUUGCCCAUGUCUGGAGCUGCAGCCUUAAAUUAGCCUCUGCCUAGUGUAUGAGUCUCAUCCAUAGCUCUGGUUCCUCUUGAAGAGAGCGAGGGGGGAGGGGCACUAGGCUGUCCCUUUGUUCCUGGGUACCCAGGGUCCCUUGCUUCUGUUUUCUAUACUACAGGUUUCCAGCUUCCUUCCACUCAGGCUGGAUUCUGGGGCCUGAUCGGCUCAGAGAUGGUAGUGGGGUAGAGUCCCAUAGAGCUAGGCUUUCCACCCACUGCAUAGGAACCGUCAGAGAAUUUAGGAGUGGUUUAGAAGGUAGAGUGUUAGAAGCAAAGUACAAAAUCUCUAGGAAACAAAUCUAAUGACUCUCCAUUAUAAUGAGUCUUCAGAGUUCAGGGACCUAGUCUGACUGAUUCUUAGUGGUUCUGAUGGUCAGAAUACAGAAACAGGGGCCUGGCUUCCUGAACUAUUUGCUGAAACCCUAGUUGAGAGGCUUUCCCAUAUUGCCCAGACAUGAGCCCUCUCACCAAAGAUCAGCUGUCCACCUAGAAACACAGGGAUGGGAGUCAUGAGUAAGAAAGGGAGCAUUAAAGAUGUCACAAGUUUCAUCCAUAGAGAAGUGCAUAGAUAUGUGGUGGAAUCCUAAUUGCUUUCAAAUGGGAUGUAAUAUGGUUUGGAGAGGGAGAAGGCUUUCUGAUAAGAGGGGUGCAGAUAGGGUCUGGCGGAAGGCAGAAAGCAGGAAGUGGGAUGCCACCCUGCAUUUUGAGGGGUCCUCAUUCAUCUCACCUUUGUUAAUAACUUGACUCCUCCUCCUUCCUCCACCACCCCCCUUUCUAAUGCAAAGUCACUACGGUCUGUAGUGGCAGAGGGAGGAGGGCCACUUAUAUAAAGACAGGGUACUUUAAUAAAGAUGGUAUUUAUUCACUCAGGCUUAGUAGUCAUUAAUGUGUGCUUGGGUUUCUCCAGUGUCCCUGAACUGUCAUGGGCUGUUGGACACCCCCAUCCCCUCUUUUCCCUUUUUGAGGUCCCCAUGUAAAGCUUUAUCUAGCUCCAGCUUCACGGUGUGGACCAGUUGUGUACGUAGUCAGGAGGGAGGCAGGUAGCCCUUGGUUAGUCAUCCAAGAGACUCAACAUACAAUCAGCCUGACUCUUGCCCUUGCUCUGAUUCUAAUAACCGGCUGGUGACUUCCUUUGCUUCACAUAUGCAGUGUUCAUUCCUUUGUCCAGGAGGCAUAUCCCAAGUGCCCUCUGUCAGGCAAGUCCUGAAGUCGGUGCUGGGAACAGUGGGCACUAAGGGGGCAGAUCCUGUCUCUCAGAGACCUCUGCUUACCUCCAAAGUUCUCAGCCUUGGCCGUACUUCAGAAAUCCUGAGGAUCUUUGAAAGAAAUGCCAGUGCCCAGCCACUACCUCAGACCAAUAGAAUCAGACUUUCUGGGCAUGGAGCCUGAGCAUCUGAAUUAGAAUAAGACCCCCAGGCCAUGCACCUGAGCUGCCUGGUAUAAUGCCUCCUGAUUGAGGACUAGGCUUUCUUCUGAACAGAGGUUUAUAAAAAUUGGCCCUGAGACUUCCUAGAUGACCUGCCUUGGAUCCUCCAGAUGAGAGUGCAGCUUUCCUAGUCACUCUCCACUCCUAGCCCUGGGAACUUGACCUUCCCUCAAACCUCCCGCUUCUGCCUGUCCACCUGUUACAAUGGCUUUAUCCUGCUCUGAGAGUCUCCAUUUUUGAGCCCUGCCUCCCUUUGCCAGAUGCUUAUCCAAAUUGGUUGUAAUUACUUCUCUAUGGCUAUACUCCCUGCUAGGAUGUGAUCACAGUAGUGACUUCCCUGGAUCCCACUGCCAGGUAGUGGCAGAGCAAGGAGCCCAACACUCACCUAAUUUUGUCCAGAACUCUUUCCUAAAGCAUUAAGCCUCUUCCUGCUCUCUAAGAAGAUGGCUAUAAUCUACGAAUGCUUCCUAUCUCCCUUAAUGUCCGUUUUACUUGCUACAGAUGGGGAGGUUCUAGGCUUGCUCACAGCUUAGCCCUGGUCUUGGCAAAGACUCUCUGGGAAAGUUUUUCUUUGCUCACAUGGCCACAUGCCACAUGAUGAACUUGUUGGAUGUACCCUAGGUAUUAUAAAUAAACGCCUAUAGAACAUGCCAGGAUCCCAAGCCUGUCCCACUGGAGCUUCUGUGCAUUGGUCUUGGUGUUCAAGCCAGGAGGAGACCUAUAGGCACUGAACUGGGAUUCCAGAGGCUGCAGUCCUUAGUGUAGGGUCAGCAAGAAGUGAUGCCUUGAUCACUUCCCUCAAACUCAGCAGGACAGGGAUCCAGCCUAAUGGAAGAACUCUUCUGGGGACUCAGGAGUCCUGAGAACCCAGAUCACCAACCAAGGAUAAUUUUCAACAUAGUUAAGUCCACAGGCCAUCAGUGCUAUAAGACAGAUUAGAGAUGUCUUGACAGCGGGGCCCUUAUUUUAUGGAGAAGAAGCCUAGAGAAAGCCUGAAAGUUGAAAGCUGACCAGCACUAUGCAGCAUGGAAUAAGAUAAGUUCAUGAAAUCUGGGGUUAAAAAACACUUGAGCCCUGGUUCUGUUACUAGGCAAAUUAGUGAAGCUCCCUGAGCCUCAAUUUUCCUCCUUGUCGAAAUGGGACUAAUACUAUCUGCCAUGGAGGGUUAUUGUAAGGAAUAAAUAAUACAUUAC